AUGGCAGAAGGUACGAGAUUCAGGACAUUGGAGGAACAAGUCAAGAGGCAGGAAAUCAAGCUCCAAGAACUGAUGGAAUCUCUACUUUCACAUCAAUCAGAGCAGCAACAACUUAAGAACAACUUAACAAUGGAAUUGGAAGAAAACAACAAACGGAUGGAGAAUAUGUUGUCAGGAAUGGAACAGAACUUCAGCAAGUCUCUGGAUCAGAAAUUCAAUGCACUGCUAUCCAGGAUGACUACUGCGCAGGACAAGGUCACGGAUAGGGGAGAAAGAAUCCUGAUGGAUCAGGGACCACUUCUUCCUACGCCGCCGCCUCAUCAGAGAUUGCAACCUGAAGGAGAUCAACAGAAUUCCUGCAAAAAAGAUUGGAGUAAGUACCAACUUCCUAAUCCUCCUAAGAUAGAUUUGCAACUGUUUAGUGGAGAAAAUCCUAGGGAAUGGUUGCGCAAGUGUGAUAAAUACUUCAUGAAUUAUCAAAUUCUGGAAAAUCAGAAGGUUGAAAUCAUAGAAAUGUACUUAGAUAGAAGGGCGGAUAAGUGGUUCCAAGACAGUAUUUGCAAGGAUAUAGUAGAGGAAUUUAAUAAGCUGCAACAGGGAGGUAGUGUGAGAGAAUAUCAGGAGCAGUUCGAAGAAUUGAAACCAUUAAUGUUAAUUAAGAACAGGAAUUUAGAUGAGCACUACUUCAUUUCUAGCUUCAUUAGUGGCUUGAAGGAGGAGAUCAAACCUAUGCUUCGGAUGCUGAAGCCUGCUACUUUGACUGAAGCUUUCGAGCUGUCUCAGUGGCAGGAGUAUUCACUCCAGGUGCAGAAUAAGAACUCUAAACAGUCGGGAGAGGGUAGGUUUGGAUUUUCAAGGGGUAAUACAUCAGUGGUAGAUAGUAACACUUACAAGGUCCCUGUCAGUAAUGCUCUUAAGGCCCCUAGGUACAGUAAUAAGGUGCAGGAGGAUGAUAAGGACGUGAAGAGGAUUUCAACACAGGAGCUGCAGUUUAGAAGAAGUAGGGGACUGUGCUUCAAGUGUGGAGAAAAAUAUGGUGUAGGACACCAAUGUAAGCGAGGGUAUGUAAACUGUAUGAUAUUGGAGGAUGAAGAGGAUGCAGUCUUUGAAGAUGCUGUGGGUGAGCAGGAUGAACAGACAGGGAAUCCAGGACAAACUAUGGAACUGUCCCUACAUGCAUUGUCUGAAUCCCUGAGAAGCAAAACAAUUACAUUGACAGGCAACCUUGAUGGGGAGAAAGUUUUUAUUUUGGUAGACACGGGUAGCUCAGACAGUUAUAUCAACAGUGAGAUGGUAAUUGGGAUGGAUAUUGCUUACAGAAUGGUUAAACAGCCAUUUUCUGUCAUCAUGGGAAAUGGAACUACUGUGACCAGCAAUGCUAUCUAUCCUAAUGUGCACUGGAAAAUUAACCAACAUAGUUUCAGAUUUGAUUUGAAGGUGAUGGAGUUAGAAGGAUGGGAUAUAAUUUUGGGGGUGGACUGGAUGACACACUUUAGUCCUAUCACGUUUGACUUCCAACAACUCAGGAUAUCCUUACACAGUGAAGGAAAUGAAAUUCACUUACAUGGACAAGCAGAAGAUGGUGAUAUGGAUUUAAUCAGAGGAAGGGAUCUGAGAACCUUCAUAGAAUAUAAAAGACAGAUGUGCUUGGCUUUGAACUGUAAAAAGGAGAUAGGAGGAGAGGCAGCAGUUAUUCCCCAGGAAAUCAUGGAAGUGCUUCAGGAUUAUGAUGAUGUGUUUCAGACUCCAAAAUCCUUGCGCCCUCCCAGAAAUGUGGAACAUGAGAUCCUUCUCAAGAAGGAGGCACAACCUUUCAAAUUGAAGCCCUACAGGUACCCCCACUGUCACAAGGAGGAAAUAGAGAAACAGGUGGAAGAAAUGCUUCAAAAAGGAAUAGUCAAGCACAGCAACAGUCCUUUUGCUUCACCUGUGCUGCUGGUUAAGAAGAAAGAAGGGACUUGA